AUGACCAAAGUCCGAGUUGGAGCAGUGCAAGCCGAGCCUGGUUGGCUUGAUCUUGGCAAAAGUGUGGACAAGACCAUAUCCUUAAUCCAGCAGGCGGCGGAGGAUGGAGUCAACGUUCUCGGGUUUCCAGAAGUCUGGAUCCCAGGGUCACUAUGGACCAAAAGCGUUCUCGACAACACGGAAAUGGUGCACAAGUAUAUGGCUAACUCGCUGUUGCGCGACUCUCCCGAGAUGAAAAGAAUUCAGCAGGCCGCAAAAGAGGCAAAGAUGGUUGUUGUGCUCGGUUACAGUGAGCGAGAUGGAGCUAGCUUGUACAUGGGACAAUCUUUCAUCUCUGGAGAUGGAGAGAUAGUGCAUCAUCGACGCAAAAUCAAGCCUACCCAUGUCGAGCGAACACUUUGGGGCGAAGGGCAAGCCGAGUCACUCAAGACUGUGAUUGACACACCUUUCGGCAAAGUCGGUGGGCUCAAUUGUUGGGAACAUCUGCAGCCACUGCUACGAUACUAUGAAUAUGCACAGGGAGUGCAAAUUCAUAUUGCAAGCUGGCCGGCCGAGUUCUCUAUGCCAGACCCAGCUGUCUUGGCAUGGCAGUAUCAUGAGACUGGGGAAGCAAGUUAUCGUGCGAGCCAAUUCAUGGCCAUCGAGGGCCAGACCUUUGUGGUCGUCGCAUCGCAGAUCCUAACGGAGCAAAAUCUGGAGUUGAAUAAUCUCACUGCCGCACCACCGAUUAAAACGCCUGGUGGUGGGUUUUCGAUGAUUUUUGGGCCUGACGGAAAGCCUCUCGCAAAGGCAUUAACAGAUGGGGAAGAAGGAAUUCUGGUUGCAGACAUCGAUUUGAGGGAUAUUGAUAGGGCGAAGGCGUUCAUCGACACGGUCGGACACUAUGCAAGGCCUGAUCUGCUCAGCCUUCUCGUCAAUCCAUCGCAGGACAAGCAUAUAACAGUCAUGAAGAAGUGA